CCGCAAGCAUGGAUAGCGCCAAUGACGACUCGACAUGCGCGUCGUCGACGCGUGGAGUUGGUACCAGCCUGAACGCAGCGUCCUCCUCCUCGUUCCCAGAGGCGACGGGCAAACUGCGCGAAAAUGGCGACCAUCUUUUCUAUAGUCCAAUUUCCCUCUUCGCACGUCCUUGUGACCGACUACCCGAAGCUGACCCUGCUCCUAUUCGCCAUCGGCGGCUUCACGGCGGCGAGGUUCGCGUUGAAGACGCUCUUCGUCCUCCUCCAGACGUUCGUGGUCUCUGGCAAGAGUCUCAAGAAGUAUGGCGCUGGGAAGGGCGCGUGGGCCGUCGUGACCGGAGCCUCGGAGGGUAUUGGACGCGAGUUCGCGCUCCAACUUGCGCAGCAGGGCUUCAAUGUGGUCGUCUCUGCCAGGAAUGCGUCCGCGUUGGCGACACUUGUUUCUGAAAUCGAGGCUAAGUCGACUGGUGGCAAGAAGGUGCAGGCCAAGGCGGUCCCAAUGGACUUCUCCAAACUCGAUGACGCUGCUCAGUGGGGUAGGCUCGAGUCGGAACUUGCUGGUCUUGACAUUGGUGUACUUGUGAAUAAUGCCGGCAAGUCCUACAACUAUCCAGAGGAGUUCCACGCGAGCUCGCGAAAAGACAUGGAAGAUAUCGUUACUAUUAACGUCAACUCCGUCAUCCGUCUCACGCACAUCGUCCUUCCCGGUAUGGUCGAGAGGAAGCGUGGUCUGAUCAUCAACAUGGGCUCCUUCUCGGGCACGAGCGUCGCGUCGCCCAUGCUCAGCACCUAUGCCGGCACGAAGUCCUUCCUAUCCUCCUUCAGCGGCUCCCUUGCCGAGGAAGUUCGCGGUAAGGGGAUCGACGUCGAGUGCGUCAACACCUACUUCGUCGUAUCGAACAUGUCCAAGAUCCGCCGCUCGAGCGCGCUCAUCCCCACGCCCAAGGCCUUCGUGCGCAGCGUCCUCUCCAAGAUCACGCUCCCCGGCGGCGCGCUCUGGACCAAUCGUCCCGGGGUCGUCACCCCAUACUGGAGCCACGGCCUGCUCGACUACGUAAUGAACGUCAUCGGCUGGAACAUGGCCUUCGUGCGCUACACGCACUCGCUGCACAAGGAUAUCCGCAGGCGCGCACUGCGCAAGCUCGAGCGCGAGGCGAAGCAGCAGUGAACUGCUGGCGUCUUCGGACAUACACGCCGUCGCCCGCUGUUUCGGAUGGUGCCGGGCUGACGCACUGCCAGCCCCGGGGCACGGACAAAAGUCAAGUUUGACAUGGCUGGGGCUUGAUGCGGUAUAGAGUAUCGCGGUCAUGUGUAAUGCUGCUUUCGAGACGAUAUUCUAACGUUGUCUGUUAUUCUGC